AUGUCUGAAUCUGAAUCUGGAAAACGAAAGGCCUCUGUUGCCGGUCUAUCCGCCCAUAACCGUCCUGUCAAACGUCGGGCAUCUAAAGCAUGUUGCUGCUGCCGAGCCAGAAAAGUCCGUUGUGACGUUGUCGAAAAUGGAUCUCCCUGUACAAAUUGUCGACUAGACCAAGUCGAAUGUGUCGUUACAGAGAGCAAACGGAGAAAAAAGUCACGGGUUGGAGUGGAAAACAAUCACUCCGGAUCGCCCGAAGUGUCAGAAGAAACUCCACUUCCUAUUGCAUGCGGUCUAGAUGUAGAUGCUACGUCGCCUUCACAGGCGUCAGUCGACGUCGAUCAUGGCCAGCAUAUGCCACACUUACUAUAUCAAACACAGGCAAAUCGCAUUAACCCGCAGGACCAUUACCGUCGCAUGGCCCCUCACCCGGCUGUCCCGACGACGAUGCCGUUGGUCAGCCCUAGUCUGCAAAUCCGACAACUACUUGACCCAUCGUAUGGAAGCCCUCGAGCCACAAGUGGCUUCUUACCGGAUUAUAUCCGAGGAUUACCUGCACGAAUGCAGAAAGAAGAUGUCGACUACCUCGCAGCCAAGGGUGCCUUGACCAUUCCCGAUGCUCAACUUCGAAAUGAAUUGAUCAAGGCCUACAUCCACUAUGUCCAUACUUACAUGCCAUUGCUCGAUCUCGAGGAGUUUUUGCAGACCAUUGUCCAGAACGAUGGAAUUCACCGCAUCAGUCUGCUGCUAUUCCAGGCCGUCAUGUUCGCCGGUAUGGCCUUUGUCGAUAUGAAGUAUCUGCUAGCUGCAGGCUACACGACUCGGAAAUCGGCGCGCAAGAUCUUCUUCCAGCGCGCCCGACUAUUGUACGAUUUCGAUUAUGAAGUAGACCGCAUUUCCCUUGUACAGUCCCUUCUUCUCAUGACAUACUGGUAUGAAACCCCCGAUGAUCAGAAAGAUACGUGGCACUGGAUGGGAGUGAGUUUAUCACUGGCUCACACCAUUGGCCUGCAUCGUGACCCUGGAAACUCGCGCAUGGACGCUCGCCGCCAGCGCAUGUGGAAGAAAAUCUGGUGGAGCACAUAUACCCGCGACCGAUUGAUUGCAUUGGGCAUGCGACGACCGAUGCGUGUCAAAGAUGAUGACUGUGAUGUUCCCAUGCUUACUCUGGAUGACUUUGAAUUCCAUGCUUUCUCCCCUGAGAUCGUGAAGAUGAUUGGGAACUCGGAAAUUCUCCAAAAUGUCAGGCACCAGCGAGAGCUGGCCCUCAUGUUUAUUGAGAAGACAAGGCUUUGUCUGUGCGUGAGCCAUGUGCUCUCGGCCCAGUAUUCAGUGCUCAGCCAUAAAUUUGGCGGCACCAUGGAGACCACCAUGAUGUUGGUCCCCAAAAAAUCCACUGCAGAGACCUUCGAGGUACGACGCUGUGAUCAGGAUCUGGAAGACUGGCUGGCCAGUCUUCCCGUGGAAACACAGUAUUCGCCCUCCGCAGGCUCCAAGCUGUCAGAGGCCCAGGAGGUGCUUCAUUCGCACCGGGCACUGCUGAAGAUGGUCUACCUGACCACUUCGAGCGCCCUUCAUCGCCCACAGGUUCUUCCCGCCGCCCCCUACCCUUCCAUGGAUGCAGAUCUACAAGAUAUAUCUCGCAACAAGGUGCGCUAUGCCGCGAUAGAAAUCACCAACAUUGCUCAAGAUCUGCACGUCAACAAUCUGACUCGAUACUACCCUACCACCGGUGUGACUGUGCUUCUGCCUGCCGUCAUUAUUCACUUGCUGGAUAUCAAGUCCGCCGACCCCACUGUCCGCAUAACUAGCCUGCAGCGCUUCUAUCAGUGUAUGCGCAUCCUACAGCGCCUGCGUGAGAUCUACGCUUCUGCCGACUUCGCCACCUCUUUCCUCGAAGCAGCCAUUCGCAAAGCGGGUAUCCAGCUUACGGUCGCACCGCAAGAUGUUCACCCCUCCAGGCCCCGUCCCGCCGCCCCUAGCACUCAUGAUGCCUUCGACGCCUUCUCCCGGGCUCAAGCCCCGACUCCUCCACCAGAUUCCCUAGAUUCACUCGACUCCCUAGAAUCUCUAGCUCAAGAGAUCCCAGAUCUCACCUACCCCAAGACAACUACAACUAGUCAAUCCAUGGCUGACAUCUUUGCUACUACUCCGCCACACUCCGAUGGCAGUGAAAAUGGCAGCACAAACAAUAUCAAUCAAAAAUACCAGAACCACGGCGCCUUUGCCAUCCCUGACCUGGAUUCUCAAAUGAGCCUGACGGAGUUGAUGGAUCUGGCUGAAAAUGCCGAGGUGACCCAGAACGACUUCGACGCCUUGAUCAACUUUGAAGAUGCGGGAAAUGAGUUCUUUCCUGAUGAUCCCACCCAGUCCGAUGCUUCCGAGGCAAAGGACUACGAUUUCGGUGUCGAUGACAUGGAUUUGAACGUCAUGGGCUUCGACACUGAGUCCAAUAUGGACUUUUCCAGCUUGGUCGAGCAUCGGCCUCAUACCUCGCGCCCAGAGUCAGCUGUUCUAGCAGCUGAUUUGGACACAGAUCUAGGAAUGAACCUGGAUUAUUGA